CCAUUCGGUGCAUUCCCAUUGAAAGAGCUUCACUUUUAAAUAUCAACCUCCUUCCACGAUGUCUCCCUCCAUCUCCCUUAUCCUCGCAACCGCUGUCUCCACCGCGAUCCUCUUCUUAUCCACAAUCUCCUCCGCCGCACCAACUUCCGGUGUCCGCCGUCCAUUCAACAGAAUCUACGCGUUCGGCGACUCAUUCACCGACACAGGAAACUCACGCUCCGGCGAAGGACCAGCCGGAUUCGGACACUUGUCAAGCUUUCCCUACGGCAUGACUUACUUCCUACGUCCAACAAACCGAUACUCCGACGGUCGACUCACCAUCGACUUCGUGGCACAGUCGAUGAACUUACCGUUCCUGCCACCGUAUCUCAGCCUCAGAUCCACUAACGGUAGUAAAGGCACAGCUGCUGAUAGUUACGGCGUUAACUUCGCCGUCUCUGGAGCAACGGUGAUUGAACACUCUUUCUUCUCGGAGAAUAAUCUGACACUGGAUAUGACUCCUCAAUCUAUCGAGACGGAGCUUGGCUGGUUCGAGAAGUAUUUAGAGACACUUGAAACUAGAGAUAAGGUUUCGUUGUUUAAUGAUUCUCUCUUUUGGAUCGGAGAAAUUGGAGUAAACGACUAUGCGUACACCGUUGGUUCUGCUGUCUCAAGCGACACAAUAAGAGAACUCAGUAUUUCAACACACACAAGGUUUUUGGAGACAUUGUUGAACAAAGGUGUAAGAUAUAUGUUGGUACAAGGACAUCCGGCAACUGGAUGCUUGACGUUAACGAUGACUCUGGCUGCGCAAGACGAUCGAGACAAUCUAGGAUGUGUUAAGAGUGUCAAUAAUCAGAGCUACACUCACAAUCUUGCACUGCAAUCCAAACUUGAAGAACUUAGGAUCAAGUAUCCGAACGCCACAAUAGUCUAUGCAGACUACUGGAACGCGUACCGUAAGGUAAUAAAGAACCCUAGUAAGUACGGUAUCUCCGAAAAGUUCAAGGCGUGCUGCGGAAUAGGAGAGCCGUAUAACUUUCAAGUGUUUGACACGUGUGGGUCAGCUUCAGCCACGGCGUGUAAGGAACCGAGUCGUUACAUUAACUGGGACGGAGUCCACUUGACCGAAGGCAUGUAUAAGGUUAUGGCCGAUAUGUUUCUUGAUGGCAGUUUCACUCGACCUAAGUUUAGUUACUUGUUGAACAAGAAACUAAACGGUUUAUGAUAGAAAGAUUUUACCGUUUUAUAUGUUUGGUUUUGGAGUUUUUGACAUUGUUUAGUGAAAUAUGAUCACACGAAUUUUUCUUAUUUUACCAGAAAAUGUGACCCGUUCCGAGCUCAUACAUAAAAAGCAAAUGUACUGGAAUCUAAUGGUUUAAAAAUUAGAGCCUAUUUUUCUUUA